GAAAGAGAAGCCGCGGAAAGAGCCGCUCGAGAGGCUGCUGAGAACUAUGGCACUGAAAACUAUGGCAAAUUGCCGAUGAACAAAUCACAAGAGAGGAAAGGUGUUUGUAGAAUUCGUGUUGCGGAUAUUAAUGCUAGCCGUGCUGGUGAAACAGUAAAUAUUCGAGCUCGCGUGCACACUUCCCGUGCAAAAAGCGCGAAACUUGCUUUCUUUGUAUUCAGACAGCAAGAAAGCACAAUCCAGGGAGUUCUUACCGUCGACGAAACUAAUAUUAGCAAGAAUUUCGUCAAAUUUGCCUCCAAUGUUCCAGUCGAAUCAAUUGUCAUCAUAGAAGGUGUUGUAAUACAAACAAAAGAAGAAAUCAAGAGCACCACAGUAUCCGAUGCAGAAUUACAAAUUAAGAAGUUUUAUGUGAUGAGCGAGACUCAUGGCAGACUACCAUUUUCAUUGGAAGAUGCCUCGAGAAGUGAAGAGGAAUUCAGCAAAGAUGAUGCCCAGUUCAGUCGUGUGGCUCUGGAUACCCGAUUGAAUAACCGUGUGGUCGAUCUUCGUACGAUUGCAAAUCAAGGAAUCUUUAGAAUUCAAUCUGGAGUGUGUCAAUUAUUCCGAGAAUUUCUGCUGUCAAAAUCAUUUAUCGAGAUACAUACACCGAAGAUAAUAGGUGCCGCUAGUGAAGGCGGUUCCAACGUAUUUAGCAUCAAAUAUUUUAAGGGCGAGGCAUAUUUGGCUCAGUCCCCGCAGCUAUACAAGCAAAUGUGCAUUUGUUCCGAUUUCGAGCGC